UGGAUCGCCCCAAUAAAAACCACGAAACGUAGUCGGCCGAGACUUUCCAAAAUUCGUAAUUGCUGAAGGAAAUUUAAUCAAAAUUAGCCAAGAUUGCCAGCCUGCCUGCAAGCUUUACGUAACCCACAGAGCCAGGGAAAGUGCAUCCGAAGCUUUUGCAGCGGCUCUGGAUCGCCGAUCGAGGCUUCAAAGCUCCACGCGGGGUAUACGCCCCAUCCGAAAGAAAACAGCAAGAAAAAAAAACACGAAACGCAGCAGCGGCAAGAGAACUGAGAGUGCAACUGCAUCGGCCGAUCGACCGACGAUCGGGAAAGCCGAGCGCUCGUAACUUGUUCUCCGAGCCUUCGUGCACUUCCUGUGCCGCGCUGCUCUGAUCGACGAUCUGCAGCCACAGCCCCCAGCAACAGGCGAUCAGUUCGCUGGCGAAUGCACCGCUGAUUGCAAUUACUGCAGAGCUGCAUUCCUGCUCAGAAAGAGAGCCACGAUCGGACUGGAUCGGUGUGAUCUACUGUACUCUCCGUCGAGCAUCGCACUACGCACAUAGCACACUACACUCUGCAUACUGCAUACUGCAUACUGCACACUGCACAUCUCGGUAUCUCCAUAUCUCCGCCACUCUCGAUUCUUCGGAUCGCAACGCAACGUGUCGAAAAAGCGCGAAAGUGGCAAUUAAUUUGCAACAAACACCCAUUGUAGUCGAUAAGUGCGGUCAAGCGAAUCUAUAACUAAUCUCCAGUGAAGUUCUUGAAUAGUGCAAAAACGUAACUGAAACUCAAGCUGAAAACACACACUCGCAUUAAUUCGCAUAAAUAUAGCUUAGCACAUUUUCGGAUUAAAUAUCUACAGCACCCAUUGGAUACAUCAUCAUCACCAUCGUCAUCAUCAUCGCCAUCAGCUGCAACAGCACCCCACUCACUUGGAUACGCAGCGCCUGAGAUAUUCUCCACUCGGAAGUUGCAGCAACAAUUCGCUCGAAAAUGGCGGAAGGUAAUGGCGAACUGUUAGAUGACAUUAACCAGAAAGCCGAUGACCGUGGCGAUGGCGAGCGUACAGAGGACUAUCCCAAGCUGCUGGAAUACGGUCUUGACAAGAAGGUCGCCGGCAAACUGGAUGAGAUCUACAAAACCGGCAAGUUGGCUCACGCCGAGCUGGACGAGCGCGCCCUGGACGCGCUCAAGGAGUUUCCCGUCGAUGGUGCCUUGAAUGUGUUGGGACAGUUCCUGGAAUCGAACCUGGAGCACGUGUCAAACAAGUCCGCCUACCUAUGUGGCGUGAUGAAGACGUACCGCCAGAAGAGUCGAGCCAGCCAGCAGGGCGUGGCCGCGCCCGCAGCUGUCAAAGGUCCUGACGAGGACAAGAUCAAGAAAAUCCUCGAGCGCACCGGCUACACAUUAGAUGUGACGACAGGUCAGCGUAAAUACGGAGGACCGCCUCCGCAUUGGGAGGGAAAUGUGCCAGGCAACGGUUGCGAGGUUUUCUGCGGCAAGAUACCCAAGGACAUGUACGAGGACGAACUGAUUCCGCUCUUCGAGAACUGCGGCAUUAUCUGGGACCUACGCCUCAUGAUGGACCCGAUGACGGGCACAAAUCGUGGUUAUGCAUUUGUCACAUUCACAAAUCGCGAAGCGGCCGUCAAUGCAGUGCGACAGCUCGAUAAUCACGAAAUAAAACCCGGCAAGUGUCUAAAAAUAAAUAUAAGCGUACCGAAUCUGCGCCUUUUCGUAGGCAAUAUUCCCAAGUCAAAGGGCAAAGAUGAAAUUUUAGAGGAAUUUGGUAAACUUACAGCUGGCCUAUACGAGGUAAUCAUAUACAGUUCGCCAGAUGAUAAGAAAAAGAAUCGCGGUUUUUGCUUUCUUGAAUACGAGUCACACAAGGCGGCAUCUUUGGCCAAACGAAGACUUGGCACAGGAAGAAUUAAGGUUUGGGGAUGUGAUAUAAUAGUCGACUGGGCCGAUCCACAGGAGGAGCCGGAUGAGCAAACUAUGUCCAAGGUUAAAGUUCUUUAUGUGCGAAAUCUUACCCAGGACGUCUCAGAGGAUAAACUAAAGGAACAAUUUGAGCAAUACGGAAAGGUGGAACGCGUUAAGAAAAUCAAAGACUAUGCCUUUAUACACUUUGAGGAUCGUGAUAGCGCCGUCGAAGCUAUGCGUGGCCUUAAUGGCAAGGAGAUCGGCGCCUCGAAUAUUGAGGUCUCUCUAGCCAAACCUCCCUCAGACAAAAAGAAAAAGGAGGAAAUUCUGCGUGCUCGUGAGCGCCGAAUGAUGCAAAUGAUGCAAACGCGUCCCGGGAUCGUGGGAUUUGAAACCUUGUCUCCAUACAGAAACCUGUCGCCGACACAUCCUAGCAUGAUGUCCUUGACGCCCAUGCGCCUCCAAGGGGCGCGCAUGCCGCUGCGUACGCCGAUACCCCGCGAAUACGACUACGAUUACGACUAUUUCGGGUUCUCGGACUACCGCCAAGGGCUCUUUGCCAAUGAGUCCUACUACGAGGACCUGUACCGCUCGUAUGAUGGGGAUUACAACUACUAUGAUUACCCGAACGGUGGAGGAGGGGGCAGCGGGGGAGGAGGGAGUGUGUCCGGCGGUACGGUGGUUCCGCUCUCGGCCGGCGGCUCCCAGAAUUCACCGCUGGCUAGUGGACAGCGAUCGGCCAGAGGAUCGGCCAGUGGUCCCAGUGGUUCCUCGAGCAUUAUGGGAGUUGGUCGUGGGCAUGGAAUCACAGUGCCGCGUGGCAGAGUCGUUGGCCAACGUGGCAGCAUCAGUCGUCUGGGGGCCCAAACAGCGCCACAGGCGGCGGCAGCGGCAGCGGCGGCGGGACAGGCGGCGGCGGCGGUAGCUCAGCGGGGGGCCACCGGUCAGGGGGCGCCGGCAGCAACCGGGGGGGUCCGUGGGGUGGUGCCAACGCGUCCCAGCGCUCGUGGCACCCAGCACGUCAAGCCGCUACAAAAUUUACCAGUAGUCGGUAAACGUAAGUUCGAUGGAGGUCACCAAAAUCCGGCAGAUGUUAAGCGACGUUACCCGAGCGGUUUAAUAGGAAAUGGCGGCAGUUGGGGCAGUUUACCGCUACCACAGCAACCUUUAGGCACCAAUGGUGAACAGUGGUACAUGGAUACGUUUUCGGCAUGGAGUUAAAACCCCACAGCAACCCAAUUCAAUCAAUAAAAGCAUCAUUAACGACAACAACAACAACAACAACAACAACAACAACAAAAGCAACCACACAAGGAAGUUACAGCCACAAAAAUAUAUAACAACAUUCUCCGAGCGACAUCCUGGAGAAGAAUCGAAUCCUUCGCGUCAUAGUAAAGCAAAUAGCAACCGUUCUUAAGAGCAAUAAGUAUAAUUUUCAAAAACAAUAUAAGGUAUAGGAACCGCAAUUAGCCACAAUUCAAAAACAUUGUUAAAGAGACUCGUUUCGAACUUAGUUCUUUUGCUAUGAACGCCGUAGAUUUCGUCCCUCAAAAUAACCAUAAAUAAAUGAUGAAA